AUGGCAAACGUAGUUUUGACUAACGAACAAUUCGCGGAACUCAUGUCGCGAAUAUCACUGGCAGGUAACACUACACAGGGUGUUACUACUGGCGGUAAUUUUUCGAAGUGCUUAUCACGUUUUGACGGUUCUAAAGACUCUGACGUGAAUGCUUUCAUUGAUGCUGUUUGUAUAUAUGAAGAUUGUGCUCGAGUAUCCGACGCAAAUGCUCUCAAAGGACUUCCGAUGUUAUUCGAUGGGUUCGCGGCAAAGUGGUAUCAAGGCGUAAAAACUACAGUGCAAACAUUUGACGAUGCGCUAGCUCUAUUGACCACAUUCGGUCCACAAAAACCACCAUAUAGAGUCUAUCGUGAACUAUUCGCUACCGAGCAAGACCUAAAUACUCCAAUAGACAUUUUUAUUUGUAAACUGCGUUCAAUACUAGCACAGCUUCCUUCUGGAACUCUUACAGAAGAGGUUCAAUUGGAUAUGAUUUAUGGGUUAUUGAAUCGUAGAAUUAGAGAGAAAGUUCCACGUGAUAAAGUAAAAACUUUUAGUGAACUUUUGGCAAACUCAAGGUUGAUUGAAGAAACUUUCGACCGUAUUGACAAUGUCGUGACGAAAGACAUUAAAGAUACUCAAAGACGCAUUCGCUGCCAAUACUGUAAAAACAUAGGCCACACCUAUGGCACGGCGGAACUUCUCAGGACAACGGAAAACCUUAAACAUCUGCCCGUGAGCAGAAUAAUACCUGUGACUCGAACACCGCUCGAUUUAGUUCAUCCAAUCCUACAUCAGGUAGUACUUCUCGGAGUAAUACCAGUUCUCCAUUAUCGUGCUAUGGAUGCGGUAUGA